CGUAGUUAUGGUCUCUCGCCUAUAAAUAUAUGUCUCUCUGCCAUCUCAUUUCCUAAAAGAACACCCAAAAUAUUUCUUAUCAUUCCUUCUGAAUCUGAUUUCUAAAACCACCUAGAGCAAAUAUGGAGCGGGUAUUACUCUUACUCAUUUGCUUCCUCUUGCUUUCUCAACCUAAUAAUUGUUCCUCUUCUCUCUCUUUUAAUUCAUCAACGCCUCUUUGCCAUUCACACCAAUCCUCUGCUUUGCUCCAUUUCAGAAACUCUUUUUCUGUCGGCGAUUCUCGUUAUAUGUGUGAUUAUUAUUCUUAUAAUCCUCCGAAGAAUUCGUGGAAAAUGGGUACAGAUUGUUGUGGGUGGGAUGGGGUCACCUGUGAUACGAUGACAGGUCAUGUCAUUGGUCUCGACCUCAGUUGCAGUGGGCUUGAAGGUCCCAUCCAUCCCAAUACCACCCUUUUCUCUCUUCGCCAUCUCCAGCGGCUCAACCUCGCUUUGAACGAUUUCCAUGGCUCCGCAAUUUCAUCUAAGUUUGGUGGCUUUGCGAACAUGACGCAUCUCAACCUCACUGACUCCUCCGUUGCUGGUAAUGUCCCUUCCGAAAUCUCCCACUUAUCCAAAUUGGUUUCACUUGAUCUCUCUUGGAAUUAUGGCAUGAGAAUAGAAACGCCUAGUUUGAAAAGGCUUGUUCAAAACCUAACCCAUCUAACUGAACUUGUUUUGGAUGAUGUUAACAUGUCUUUUGUUCCACCUAAUUCUUUCAUGAAUUUGUCUUCCUCUUUGACAUCUCUUCGUCUUUAUUAUUGUGGAUUGAAAGGGAGAUUCCCAGAUAAUAUAUUCCACCUUCCAAACCUCCAGCUGCUUGAUGUAGGUUACAACUACAAUCUCACCGGUUCCCUUCCAACGUAUAACUGGAGUACUCCUCUCAAGUCCUUGUAUCUCUCUGGAACCGAAUUCCCAAUCGACUUACCUAAUUUAAUAAGCAAUCUCAAGUCCUUAAAAGAAUUGUACCUCAGAGAAUGCAAUUUCAUAGGAUCAUAUCCAACAUUUCUUCCUAAUCGCACACAAAUCACUUUUUUGGACCUCUCACAUAGUAACUUUGGUGGUCAGUUUCCAUGGUCCCUCCUAUACUUUGAAGUUCUUACUUACUUAGAUCUCUCAUACAACAAUUUCACAGGGCAGCUUCCGACAAACUUGACCCAAAUUUUCUCUUCAAAUAAUUCUUCUAAUAGUCAACUAGUCAACAAGAUUGCUUCCAAUCUAGAAGUUCUCAUCUUAUCUGGUAACUUAUUGAAUGGGACAAUACCAUCUUGGGUGUAUACAAUACCAUCUUUGCGUUACUUAGAUCUUGGUUAUAACCAAUUCACUGGGCAUAUUGGCGAUUUCCAGCAUAACUCAUUAGUUGUUCUUUUGUUGAAUAAUAACAACCUAAGUGGUCCCCUUCCAUUGUCAAUCUCUAAAUUGGUGAGCCUUCGUUAUCUAUUUGUCUCCUUCAAUAAUUUAAGUGGCAAUGUGGAGUCAAAAAUAUUCUUUAAGCUCGAAAAUCUUGAAUAUCUUGCAAUGUCAAAUAAUCCUCUCCUGUCACUAAGCUCCUUCACCUUUGCCACCAAUAUCUUACCCAAAAUUGUUUCAUUACAGUUGUCUUCUUCCAACAUAACUGAAAUUCCACACUUUUUACAAACUGCAGAAUAUAUUGAAACCUUAGACCUUUCCAACAACAAAAUCAAAGGCAAUAUUCCAAAGUGGUUUUUGGAGGUGGGGAAGGAUUCAUUGUCUUACUUGAAUCUUUCAUACAACUCAUUGACAAGUGUAGGACACCUUCCGUGGAAGAACUUGGGAUUUCUUGAUUUUCGUUCUAACUUGUUUCAAGGUUCACUUCCAGUACCUCCACUAGGAAUAUCUUUCUUUUCAGUCUCCAGGAAUAAUAUAACUGGACAAAUCUCUUCCUCAUUUUGCAAUCUUAGUUCUAUUGAGUACCUUGAUUUGUCUUAUAAUCACUUGAGUAACAUGAUUCCUCCAUGUUUUCGAAACUUUAGUGACAAUCUCAGAGAUCUGGAUUUACAAAAUAACAGUCUUAAUGGCACCCUCCCAAUGAAAUUUGCAAAGGGAUGUCGCUUGAGAAGUCUUAAACUCAAUGGCAACCAUUUUGAAGGGUCAUUGCCACAAUCAUUGGUCUGUUGUAGAAAGUUGGAAGUUCUAGAUUUUGGUAACAACAAGAUUAAUAGCACUUUCCCUCUUUGGUUGGAAACUCUUCCAGAGUUGCGGGUUCUUAUCUUGCGAUCAAACUACUUUCAUGGUGCCUUAGGCAAUCCUAAGAGCAAAUUCCCAUUCCCAAAUUUGCGAAUCAUAGAUCUCUCUCAAAAUGAGUUCCAUGGGCAUUUGCCGACAAACCUUUUUAAGUAUUUAAAAGCCAUGAUGAAUGCGAGUGUGAACAAAGGUAAAUUGAAAUAUAUGGGUGAUGAUUAUUAUCAAGAUUCCGUGACAGUGGCAAUGAAAGGGUUUUUCAUUGAAUUGGUAAAAAUCCAAAGUCUAUUCAUAACCAUUGAUUUCUCCAACAACAAUUUCAAAGGAGAAAUUCCAAAGGCAAUUGGAGAGCUUCGAUCACUGAAGGGGCUUAAUUUUUCACACAAUAAUCUUUCAGGUCAUGUGCCUCCAUCGUUGGGAAAUUUAACCAAUCUUGAAUGGUUAGAUCUCUCCUCAAACAAGCUCACAGGUGAAAUUCCUAUACAAUUAGUAGAUAUAACAUCACUGGCAAGUUUAAACCUAUCAAAAAACUAUCUUUCUGGUCAGAUACCUCAAGGUAAACAGUUCAAUACAUUUACGAAUGAUUCUUUCAAUGGUAACUGGGGGUUAUGUGGAUUUCCAAUGACAAAAGCUUGUGGCAAUGGCGAGGGACCACCACCACCACCACCACCACCAUCCACCAUUCAAGAAGAUGAUUUCAAAUUUGAAAAUGGGUUUCAUUGGAAAGCUGUAUUAUUGGGGUAUGGCUGUGGAUUCGUGUUUGGAUUGGUUUUGGGUUAUCUUGUGUUCUCAAGUGGAAAACCGAAAUGGCUAUUGAAUAUUGUUUUUGGAGAAUGACAUAACAAGAUACGAAGAUCCAUGAAGAAUGCUCAUGGAGAAACUCAUUGAAGAAGAAUUUGAUGGAUGCAAACACUGGUGUUAGGAAUGUAUGUACUUGUAUUGGAUUCUUGAUCAUCUGAAGGUGCACACAACAUUGGGAUGAUUGACUAUGAAGUCAUACAGAAACACCUCUCUAACUUCAAGGGGACCAGGCAACUUGACCCAACUAUAGUUUUUGAUUUUUCUCGCUGAGAUGAG